AUGAUGCCUGAGAAGAACGAGAACCAAUACCAGCCCCGAGAAUUGUCGAACGGCCACCAUCGUACCGAUGAGGAAUCGCUGCUGACCAUGGAGGAGGAGGAGGAGGCCAAGCGCAAGAAAAAGAUGAAGUGGACAAUCGGCAUCAUCGCCUUCAUCAUCUUCCAGGUAGUCCAAGGCCUCUUCUUUGUCUUGGUCAUCAUGAAAUUCAAGUCCCCUAAGUUCAGGGUCGCCGAUUUCACCAUCCCGACCCUGACCACCGAGACUCAGACAUCUCCCUCGUUCAACAUGAGCUUCGUCGCUCCGAUCCGGGUCAAGAACACCAACUGGGGUCCCUUCAAGUACGGCGCCUCCAACAUGACCUUCACCUAUGGAGGUGUCCAGGUGGGACAAGUGAACAUUCCCAAGGGCAAGGCCAACUUCAAGUCCACCAAGAAGAUCAAUUUGGAUGUGACUCUGAGCACUCCUGAUUUGCCCACCAGUAUUAGCUCGAAUCUUGGGAACGAACUAAGCUCACAAGUCAUAACCUUGAGCAGUCAGGGCGAGCUUAAAGGAAAGAUUACAGUCAUGUUUAUGUUCAAGAAGACGAAGAUCUCACAAAUGAAUUGCAACAUGACGAUCAAUACCUCGACAAAGGCGGUCCAAUUUUUGUCAUGUAAAUGA